AUGGCGGCGAAGCGAUCCAAAGCAACUACAGACGACGAGCUGGGCGAGCUCUUUGAGGGCAUUGGCGACGACAGUGCAGUUAAGAAGUCCACCAAGGCCAAAGGGACUGCCCCAAAAACCCGCGGCGACAAGCCCGAGCAAGACAUCCUCGCCGAUCUGGAGAACGAGCUAGGCGGCCAGGAGACCGCUCGACCACACACCCCUCGCAUCAAGGAUACCUAUCCCAAACGAACCAGCACAGCGACCCCGCCACCUGCUGGCGUACGACUCUCCGAAGACAAGCCAUCCAGCAUCGCCCGCAAGUCCGCCGAAAGCGCUCGUUCGCUCCAUGCCAGCUUCACCCCUAGUGCCACCAGUUCCGAACUUCAAGACGCUGAAAAGAAGGGACCAGUUGAGCAGGACGUCCCUGCUCCCGCUCCCGAGGCUGCUGCCGGUGGCGGCUGGUGGGGUGGCAUCUUUGCUACAGCUACUGCCACGGCGAGCGCAGCUGUGAAACAGGCCGAGGCCGCGUACAAGGAGAUUCAGCAGAACGAGGAAGCAAAGAAAUGGGCCGAGCAGGUCAGAGGAAACGUUGGCGCGUUGAGAGGCAUCGGCGAGGACCUCCGUCACCGUGCGAUGCCGACGUUCGCCAACAUCCUGCACACGCUCGCUCCGCCCAUCUCGUCGCAUGAACGACUGCUCAUCCACAUCACCCACGACAUAGUCGGUUACCCAUCCCUCGAUCCACUCAUAUAUGGUGUCUUUAGUCGUGUCAUGUCACAGGUCGAGGGCGGUGACCUGCUUGUUAUCCAACGAGGUCAGGAGAACACCGCCCGCCGGACUUCCGACGCUGCCUUCUACACCGGUGCCUCUAGCUCUGCUGGUUGGCGCGACGGUCCCUGGUGGAGGCAGGUUGACUCGCCUCGCGAUCUCGGCGCAGUCAAGGGCCUACUCGAGGGGACGAAGCUGUGUCGCGUCAAUGCCGAGAGCUAUUCCCAUGACUUCUUCGCAUCAACUGGUGGUAUAGGCGAAGCACAGAGGCGUGCGUUGGAGCCAAUGAGCGAAGACAACCCUGUGCGGAACAGUGACAUCUUCCUUGCUGUCCAGCCCAUCGCCGUAGACGCCGACGAGGCGCUCUUUGCGGGUAGCACUGCUGACGAGGCUGAGAAGGAGACAAGCCCUGUCGCUGAGGACAGCACGGACACCCAAGUCUGCUUUGCCGUCUACGUGCUCGACCCAAUCCACGAGAUCAUGUACAGCACCGUCAGCCAGCAGAUCCCAAUCAAGUGGAUUCGCUGGCUCGAUGCGCCUUCGCCACUGACGCCGGCCACCAGCGAGAGCGAUCAGCCAGACUUGGAUGACCUGAACGUUCCCGACGAGAUCCGGGAGAUCGUCGAGAGUGGCGGUGUAGAUCCGCGAGAGUGGGUGGCUGAGUGGGUAGAGGAGACACUGAGCCUCAGCGUCGGUGUGGUCGCACAGCGCUAUGUUGCCAGACGGAUGGGCGUCGGCGAGGGAGGACUCGGCAGAGGAAAGCAGAAGAUCGAGAACCUGAUGCAGCAAGGUGCCGGCGAGGCUGCUCGGGCAGGGCUGAUCUGA